AUGAGAAGGCAAGGCAGCUCACCCUCUUCCUCGAUCGACAGCAGCGGUCACCCAUGCCCCUCCGAUACAUGCUCCUCCAUCUCUCAACCGACGAAGAGGGACUUGAGCACGGACUUAAGGCUGGGGAUCGGCCUAUGGACCUCCACCACUCGACUAGACGGAUCUUUCACAGCAAGGUAUUCUAUCGCAUGACGUCGAACACCGCGCGUCCGGCUUUUAUCACCGAAUUAUGAUCGUCAUCGCGUUUUACUGGUUAUCUUUUGUUUAGAUCAUCAGCCAGCAAGUUCCAUCUCGGUUUUCAAACUCACUCGAUUCCCCCUCACAUGAUAAGUCCAAAACCAUCAGAACACCUUCGUAAAUUCAUUCGGAUUGUGGGAAACAGCCAGAGUUAGGAUCAUUUCACAUCUAUAUUCCUGUGUUCCGGUCAUCCAGAUCUGCUCUCUCUUGAUCAUCCUCGGGUGGGCCUCAUUUCCUUCUUCAGUCGGACAUAAUAAAGCUCAGACUUUUGUUCCUUUUUAACCUGUUAAUUGGGCUUGAUUUGCUCCGAAGUUUGAUUUCAACCAUGCCCACUUCCGUGCUCCAUGAAUUGGUGUCGGCUUUGUAUUAGUGAUCAAGUUCUCCCGAGCAAACGAAUUCCUCCUUUUGGCCGCCAGGGAGUACCAUCCAGAUUGGCCGCCGAUCAAGCCGCUUCUCCGGAGCGCUCUAGCCGGAAAGGGAGCCCACCGACAGCAGUCAAGCUUCUUCGUCAAGGUCUACAUGGAAGGCCUCCCCAUCGGCAGGAAGGUGGAUCUCUUCGUUCACCAGGGAUAUGAACACCUUCUACGAACCCUCAGGGGAAUGUUCAGCACGGCGAUUACUUGUGAGCGCCUAGAAAUCAUUCCUAGAUAUACACGCAGCGGAUUAAUGCCCUAAUUUAUCCUCUUCAUUCCCCUCUGACAAAGGUCCUGAUCUCGCCCGUAGCCCGUCCGAGAAAACCCACGUCUUGACGUAUGAAGAUAAGGAAGGGGACUGGAUGGUCGUUGGGGACGUCCCAUGGGAGUGAGCUCCUCACGCUUACACGUUACUUCGUAUCUCAACUUCUUCCUCAUUUUCCAUAUCCUCUUCACUCCUUCUGACGGCGGAAUUAAGGAGAUGCAGGAUGUUCUUGACGUCCGUAAAGAGAUUGAAGAUCACCAGGGCUGACAAGUGCUAG